AUGCCGCCCGCUGAUGCUGAUGAUGCGAACCUCUCUGUGAGAUUCAAAUACGGCAUCCAUACAAUCUUCAUCUUCGUCGACGCCCUGGCUCCAUUUUCAUCCGUGACCGAAGAGCUAUUGGCGGUUCUUAGAGAGAGAUACCCCGAUGGUCUAAUAAAGUCAAAUUCAUCACCAGACGAGAAGACGCCGAUACCAGACUCAGCAAAUGUCACAUAUGGCGUUCUCCAGGUGCCUACCGACCCCUCCAGAGGAUGGAAGGUGCUGAACCUUGGAGAAGAUGCUUCCAACACCCCGACAAAAUGCGGACUGAAGGACAAUAGCAUUGUUGCGUUUGCGUUUGAGAGCCAUGAUGGCGAGGGUGAUGACGACGAGGAAGAAGAGACGGUGUUUACGGUAGAGUGGCCGCAAGAGGAUGAAGAGCUAUACGAUGAGAGGGCUUGA